CCUCUUCUCUCUUAUUUGCCAACACUGAUCACCCCGCUGCGGACUCACGGAUACACUAACCACUGCUGGGGAGAUGGAUUUUCUGCUGCAUAUGAUUACCAUUUACACUCUGAGCAUCUUGAGCGGAGCGUCCGCUGCCACUCUCUAUAACUGUAAUGCUCCUCUGGCAUCCAUGUUACCAGGGUCAUCCUUCCAGAGCUCCUCUCAGUCCUCAGCCAGCUCUGCUGCCAGUGCAAGGCUCAACAUAAGAGAUGAAGCAGGAGGCUGGUCUCCCAAGAUUUCAGACCGACAGCCUUGGCUCCAGGUGGAUCUCGGGGAGCGGAUGGAAGUGACGGCUGUGGCCACACAAGGGCGUUUCAACAGCCAGGACUGGGUCAGCAGUUACCUGCUAUUCUACAGUGACACAGGCCGGGCCUGGAAACAGCACAGACAGGAGGAUGGAGGAGGGAGGUUUGUGGGUAAUGUGAAUUCAGAGGCUGUCGUCCACAACAAGCUGUCCCACUCAGUGAGAACCCGUUUCCUGCGUUUCGUCCCUUUGGACUGGAGCCGCAGUGGCUGGCUGGGCCUCAGGGUGGAAGUGUAUGGCUGCUCCUUCAAAUCAGAUGUGGUGAGCUUUGAUGGCGGAAGCUCUUUGCUGUACCGAUUCAACCAAAAGUCCAUGUCAACAGUGAAGGACGUGAUCUCACUGCGCUUCAAGAGUCGUCAAGCUGAGGGGGUUUUACUGCAUGGGGAGGGACAGAGGGGAGAUUACAUAACCCUGGAGCUCCACGAAGGAAAACUGGAUCUCCAUCUCAACCUAGAUGAUAGCAGGCUGAGGUUGAGCAGCAGUCCUGUUGCUGUCACUGUGGGCAGUCUGCUGGAUGACCAGCACUGGCACUCGGUCCUCAUCGAACGCUUCAACAGGCAGGUUAACCUCACAGUGGACUCCCAUACACAACACUUUCAAACCAAAGGAGAAGGACUCUCACUGGAUGUGGACUAUGAGCUGAGCUUUGGAGGUAUCCCCCUGCCUGGUAAACCUGGUACUUUCCUCAGGAAGAACUUCCAGGGCUGCAUGGAAAACCUCUACUACAAUGGCAUCAACAUCAUAGACCUGGCAAAGAGACGCAAGCCACAGAUACACAGUGUGGGCAAUGUGACCUUCUCAUGCUCACAGCCCCAGCUGGGGGCCUGCACCUUCCUGAGCUCAAGCAGUAGCUUCCUGUUGCUGCCAGGUGCAGCAAACACCACAGGGGGUUUCUCUGUUCAGUUCCAGUUCAGGACAUGGAACCAGGAUGGGCUGCUGUUCUCUGUACAGCUAAACUCUGAGCCCCAGAGACUGGAGCUGCAGAUCACCAAGAGUCGGCUGCUCCUGACCCUCAAUAGCCCAGGACAGAGAAAAUCCAAGCUUUCUGUCGGUGACAGAGUCAAUGAUGGGCUGUGGCAUUCAGUGAGUGUUGAUACAAGACAACUGCAGAUCACUCUGACUGUGGAUAAUGAGCCAGCCUCCACAACUCCACUGUGGGAACAACUGGAAUCAAGAGGCAACUUUUACUUUGGAGGUUGUUCCUCCACUGACUGUCUAACUUCAGCUCCAGUCUUCCAGGGCUGCAUACAGCUCAUUUUCAUCAACAGCCAGCCAGUGGACCUCAACCAUGUACAGCAAGGCAUACUGGGAAACUAUAAUGAGCUUCAAUUUGACAUGUGCAAUAUAAGAGACAGAUGCCUUCCUAACCUGUGUGAACACGGAGGCCGCUGCUCUCAGAACUGGAGCUCUUUCUCUUGUGACUGUUCAGGAACAGGAUACUCUGGAGCCACUUGUCACAGCUCCCUCUAUGAGGCAUCCUGUGAGGCCUACAGGCUGACUGGCAGCUCCUCAGGCUUCUACUCCAUUGAUCCAGAUGGGAGUGGUCCCAUGGGGUCCACAUUGGUCUACUGCAACAUGACAGAGGAGAAAGUGUGGACGGUGUUGAGCCACAACAACACAGCCCCAGUCAGAGUCCAGGGCUCCUCUCUGCACAAACCUCACAUCAUGAAGUUCAACUACAGCGCCUCAGCUGAACAAAUACAGGCCAUCAUAACUCGGUCAGAGCACUGCCAACAGGAAGUGGUUUACAACUGCAGGAAGUCCCGCCUCUUCAAUACAAAAG